AGAACUCUCAAAUAACAAGAACUGCACUCGGCCGGGCCUGGUCGCAAGAUUGUAAGUUGGCGCACCGCACCUUCCGGACAGCGCAAGAAAAGCACCCCUAGCCGCCUGAGGAAGACGGAACGCCCAGACCCGCAAUUAAGGCCGGCGACGAUGGCGGCGGUUCGGUGCGCGGCGAGGAAGCUCGGUUGCUCCCUGCUCCAGCGAACGCAGGCGGCGGUCAUGCAGGAGGGACGCCUGCUCGCGCCAAGCAGGCUCAUGCGCUCCCGCCAGCUCUCCAGCGAGGCCUCCAGCGAGGAAAAGAAAGUGGAGCUCCGCAAACUGGUAUCUAAGGCGAUGCAAAAGAGAGUGGAGCUGCUUGGUGAGCCUGAAAUGCGGCUACUACUCCAGAGAAUUUCUCUACCAAAAGGCACUCCAAAACCACAUGCCACUCCCUGGACCUGGGGGCGGUUCGCUACAAGGUUAAAGUGUUAUAUGGAGGCAGCUGCCAAUCUGACAGUCUUCCUUGCGGUUACUGCUUAUGUAGUUUGUGUCAAGGGCGACAGAGGGGUACAAGAACAAGUCCAGGGCGUUAACGAGGAAAACCAGUGAAGACGGGAUAAAAAAUGAGAACCGAAGAUGGCCGCAGCUUGUUUUCAGUUAAAUUAUGAUGACCUGCAGUUUGGCUAGCUAUGGUUGUGAUGUUGCGUGACAUGGUAUGUUAUUGUAUCUCUAUCUAUCCGAGUUGUUAAUCGUGGCUUG